CACAACGUAGCUCCAAGAUCGGAUCGGAAUAGGUAUAGGUUCCGAAAUCGAAAUCGUAUAUAGUAUAGUAACCACUUACCAGGUAGCUUUGGCAACCGUCGUCACGUGAUCGUGUCGCGAUCGUUCUUUCUGCUCGUCAUUCAUCUGUCGUCUCGUCUUGUGCAAUUACCUGUCGAAUGCCGAAGAAUGUCUCGCAUCUGGAUUUGUGUACCAAGCUCUUAACGUUUGUCUGCAGAAGUCGUUGUCUACAGAUCCGCGAGUGCCUGUCGAUCAACUUGACCUUUCAGCUCAGCUCAGAUCAGGAAAUUUUUCGAAUUCCUGCAUGAAAAUGUCUUCCCCAUAUGUGAUCUUGCUGAUCGCCUUGCUAUAUCUUUGCCUCAGUUCGUCCAUAAUUGCCCAAGACUCUGAGUUUGCGGAACGCAACCACAAGAAACGCCAAAUCUAUCGGGAACAAGUAUUGCCACAUGCGGGCGGUAAAAUACCCGACACCGCCUUUGAGACGGAUCGCUUGUUUUUGAAUCGCCUGCAAAAGGAGGGCAUCGCAGUGCCAGAUGGUAUAGUGCCCGAGCAGCGGAAUCCUCAGGUGUAUCAGUACUACAACAAGCCCAUGCGCACCGUCUUUCACAUUGCCCUGAGUUCGGAUGGGAGAUAUACGCCGCGGGAGGGUCGGUACCACUACCGCCAGGUGCCCACGGUGGAGACUACUUACCUGUACCCCCAGGCGGUGGGUCGCCAGCACGUGGUGGUGCCUCCGAAGCACGCCCUGCCCGUCUACAGGCAGCUCCAGUUGCACAAUCCCCUCCUCAAUCAGGUCAAGUUGCAGCCCAAGAAGAUGCCCAAUUUUCUGGAACUUGCGCCCACGGUGGGCAAGAGUCAGUCGAAUCCAUUGGCCGGUUCGGCCAAGGCGCAGUCUUAUCAAAAUGUGAAUCUCCUACAUGGUCACAGUCCGGUGCUGCCGGCAUUCAAGAAAACCUCCAGGGGCAGCAAGACCUAUGUGGACAGCUAUGGCACAACCCAUCUUUUCAGCGAGUUUGACGAUCUUCUGAACAAACUGGACCUGCAGCAAACGGGCCGAAAGAAUUAUUAGUUUUAGUGCUGCAAAUGCCCAAAAUUUAGUAGAAUUUAUAGAUAUAUCCAUUGUACUCAUCUGUAGCCAAGAGUUAAGUUUACGAGUUGUUCGCAAGCAUUAUCUAACCAUGUGCAUAUCAUUUCAAAACUUUUGCCAUACGCCCGCUCACCGAUUAGUGCACUUCCAUUCCCAUUCCCAUGUUUGCAAACCAUUCAUGCCCAGCCCAUACACAGAGAGAAAUUUCGUUUUUAAACUCAUCUUCGCAGAACAAGAUUGCAAAAAAAAAGUAUACACUUCUGUUAUAAUCAGUUGAUGUAUGA